UCUACUAUAAAUUUGCCUUAGUUUAUUGCUAAAAACACAACUUAAAACAAAAGAUUUUAACUAGAAAUCAUAAAUGGGACAGCCACAAAGCAAACCAAGGUUUCUUCAACCAGGGGAUCACAUCUACUGUGAAAGAGAGGGAGGUUUAUAUGAUCACCAUGGAAUAUAUGUGGGGGACGACAUGGUUAUUCAUCUCCAGGGAAAAGCCAAGAAACUUGAGCCGCUACCUGAAUGCCGUAAAUGUAAAGACAAGCGUGUCCAAAAUGGUGAAAUAGCAAAAGUAUGCAUAGAUUGUUUCCUUCGUGGUGAAAAGCCCCGGAUCUAUGACUAUGGAGUUCCCCUUAAUAAAUUCCGUUUCAGAAAACGUGGUACUUGCUGCCCACACUAUUCCAAGCCUCCCCAUGAAGUUAUUAACAAAGCAACUUAUUUCGUUGAAGGGGCAAGCUUUGGCGACUACGAUAUGUUUAAUAACAACUGUGAGAACUUCGCUGUGUAUUGCAAAACAGGCUGUGCCGAUGGUUACCAGAUUGUAGGCUUUCUUGAAAAAGGUAGUCUUGCUACUGCUGCUGUUGCUGCUUCUCUUGGUGGUCCCCCUGGUAUAGUUUUGUGCGCUGCUUCUAUGGCAAUUUAUGGUACUUCGAAAGUGGUCACCGGCCUCAAUUGACACAAUUAGCAAAACAUCAAGCUCCUGGUAACUUCUGCCUGCAACUCAUUCACGGAACUUCAAUUACAUCUUACUUAUAUGUAUGAACCAUGUUAAGAAGAUCUCAUAUCCCAAUAAACUUAAAAGUCAAAGCCAACUAGUGCUGAUAUUCACCUAUAUGCAAAUGUGAAUUAUUUAUCAUCUUUUUUUUAUAAAUACUAAAAAUUUUAUGACGGUAGAAA